UGCAACGAAGACUUCACGGUGGAGAAAUAGCGAGAUGAAGAGCGGCAUUAGUCCGGCAUCAUGUGCCCCAGGCUCCCAAGGACCGCCUGCUUGCUACGACUCACUGUCCUCUGCAUCAUUCUAUCACAAACAUCAGCUUAUUUCGGGUUGAUAGGCAGGGAGUUUCUGCCGGCUCCCAUACCCAGCGAUGCCCAGUCGGAUAAAGCGCACCUUAAGCAGUGUGAACAGCUGGCACUGAACCGUCGCCAGAAGCGUCUUUGUCGGCGGGACCCGGGAUUGGCCGAAACCUUGCGGGAGUCCGUACGCCUCAGCCUGCUGGAGUGUCGGUACCAGUUCAGAAACGAGAGGUGGAACUGUAGCCUGGACGGCCGUGGCAGCCUGAUAAAGCGAGGCUUCAAGGAGACGGCAUUCCUGCUGGCCAUCUCCUCGGCGGCGCUGUCCCAUGCGCUGGCCAAGGCGUGCAGCUCGGGCCGCAUGGAGCGCUGCACGUGCGACGACUCGCCAGAGCUGCAGCACCGUGAGGCCUGGAAGUGGGGCAUAUGCGGGGACAACCUCAAGUACAGCACCAAGCUCCUCAAGAACUUCCUGGGCAGCAAGCGGGUCAGCAAGGACCUGAGGGCUCAGAUUGACUCCCACAACGUUAACGUGGGCAUUCGUGCGGUCAAGAGUGGCCUGAAGACCACGUGCAAGUGCCAUGGCGUGUCGGGCUCGUGUGCCGUGCGCACCUGCUGGAAGCAGCUCUCCCCGUUCCACGACACCGGCCGGCUGCUCAAGUUCCGCUACGACUCGGCCGUGCGCGUGUACAGCGCCACCAACGAUGCCACGGGGGAGACGCAGCUGGCGGGCGCCCAUCGCCACAACAACGGUCCUCGCCCCACCGACCUGGUCUACCUAGAGGAUUCGCCCAGCUUCUGCCGUCCAUCCCGCUACUCUCCUGGGACCGCGGGACGUCCCUGUGCCAAGGACACCAGCUGCCAAAGCUUGUGCUGUGGGCGUGGCUACAACACGGCCCUACGGCUCACCACGCUGUCGUGCCACUGCCAGGUGCGCUGGUGCUGCCACGUGGAAUGCCAGACCUGCGUGAGAGAGGAGGAAGUCUACACCUGCAAGAAGCACUGAGACCCGCAUUCAGCCACACGGUCCGGGGAUGAAGCAGAGACGGGGGGAAGCAGGGCCAGUGAGAAGAGCGGGAGAAGUGGGGGGAUGCAGAGAAUCUGAGGAAAUGUGGCGUGAUGUUUAGUAUGACUCACUGUCUCUCCUCCCUCAAGGCACCAAUAAGCAUACAUAUCCAUACAGUUCAUAUCAUAUCCAUACCAGUCAUCUGUUUGCCAGUGAAUUGGUGCAAACAGGAAGCAAGAAUGCCUCAAUGCAAACACCACAACAAAGACUAUCCCUAAAGGGAGAACUAAAGACUAAACGUCAAGUCUUAACCUUCUCCGUGCGGCGUUGCACAGCAUAUGGUGGCGAGCACUGUCAGAGGGGUUGGCCACGUGUCCCACCAGCAUGGACAGACCUGUCACCCUGUCUGCUGAUAGGAAUGAGAUCUUAACAGGGCGUGGAGAUCCACCAUCUAUGGGUGCUACAUGUGAAAUGGAUACUGAAGUCUGGAGGAUGGACUUUUAGUUGCGUUUGGGACCUGAGGUCGGCAGUUAUUGAGCGCAACACCGACUGAGUGUGUCCGACUGUCGGCGACCAUUUUCUCUACUGUGCCGUUUGGUGCCAGUGCCUUCCCUGUGCCACCAUCUUUGCUGCUGGUUUGCUGCCUGUGUUCUUGUCUCUGAAAACUCUACGGUUGUGUAGAAACUUAAUGUAGGUCUUUAUACCUGCUUUCUGCUGUAAGAAGAUACAAGUGGGUCCUGGUGUAAAUACUGGAAUAAUAAUUAGCACUUAUUUCCCAGCUGUGUACUUAGAUUUUUAUAUACAAUUACCAAGUUGAACAUUGUGUUCAGAGGAUCUCUGAUCCACUAGUUGAUUAUGGAUCUUGCUGAUUUAUUGUUUUGAAAGUUUUGUUGCUCUUUUAACACCUGUUAUGUUCAGCUGUGUUUUCUGCCUCAUUGUAUGUUUUAUUUGACCACUUCCCUGACAUGUACUUUCAUGGUUAUGUUUUGCUCUGUGUUAUCCAGAGUAUAUGUAAUGCUGGUAAACAGUUUUCUAUCAUUUAAUAUGUCAGUUACUAAGGUUUUAAUUUGAAAUAAGUAAUUUUUCUUGGAGUAAUUAUUGCCUGUGGCCAAUGUUUAGACAAUGAAAAUAUAGUCAGUUCUCCAUAUAUCUCCGGGGGGUUCUGGAUCCAAUCCCCCGUCGAUACCAGAACCCACGGAUGCUCAAGUCCCUUGUAUGAAAUGAUAUAGUAUUUGUAUAUGACCUCCGUACAUCCUCCUGUAGGGUGACCAGAUAGUCCCUGUCAGGGGGGAGACUUGGAGCUAGGACAGGAUUUAUAAAAUUUCAUUUCAAUCAAAAGGACCUGGAUUUCAUUUAAGCACUGAGUUCAUGCUGGGUGCUGAUUGGUCAGUCUCCUAUAAUCAUGCAUGUGCCACUAAUGUUAAUUUGAAACAGCUGGAUGAGUCUUUCAAUCAAGGAAACAAACCAGUCAAAGCACGUGAAGAACUGAACUCUUUAGCUAAGCACAGGAGCCUUUCAGUUUCAGAGUAGUUUGUAAAACCUGAAGCAGCUCAAAAUGUCCCCCUUGAAAUGGAUUACCUGGUCACCCUGUCUUCCUGUAUACUUUAAAGCGGGAUUCAGAAAUUCUGGUCCUGGAGGGGCAGUUUGCAACACAGUUUACAAAAAAGGGACACGAUGGUUGUAUAACAAACAGUACAAGUGUUAUGAAGGGAUAUUUCAUUCUUUGUGCAUUAUUGUGUUUUUUUUUUUUUUUAAACCUAUUUCGCUUGUAAACUUUUGUUUGAAUGUCUUCCAUGUCACUGAAAUCAAGAGGAAUUUAUUUCGUCGUUAGCAUCAGAUGUUGCCACCCCAGUACCUCAUUUAAAGCUCCACUUUGUGUCUCUCCUUCUGCCUUUGAAGUCACUGGUUUCCCACUGUUUUCCCCUCGUUAACAAUUAAGUGAAAUUGCAGUGUUUAUCCUCUGGACCCCUUCGUUUUUCCACGACGAAGGGUGAAACGUGCAAGCGGUGUCCCAACUUGCUUUCGUAGUGUGUCUUUUUUUUAUUUUUUUAUAAUUUCCUAGUUACUGUUAUUGUUUGCUUGAGCUAAGAAGAAAAUUAUUUCAUGCCCAUGGGCAAACCCCCCCCCCCCCUUCUGCUGCUGCCGCCGCCUUCAUGAGAGUGUUUGGGGAGAACUGGCAACCCAGUGUAAGAGGUGGAUUUCAGGUUCAUUUCAAGCAGUUUAGGAGGACAGUUAAAGAACUUUGGGGUUCAUUCUGUCAGAGAUAAAGGUCCUUCUUCCCAAAGCCUGGAUGUUAUUAGUGGAAUAUUACAUCUUCGCUUUGUCAGACAGCUGUUUUUGUUGGCCACGGAUCAGGGUAAUCACAGGCAAAAGUUUUUGAUGCCAGGAAGGAAAUUCCCAGGAGCUGCAAAAGCACCACUGUUAAAUUAGACUCAUUGAUCAAACCCCGAGCAUUCUAGCUUACUACAUAGGGUGACCCAGACAGAUCUGCCAUCGCAGUUCAUUUGCGGGACCUUAUCAUCUAAAUUAGGAUCUAGAAGGCAUGUAUAAGCUCACCCUGUCUGCUUUGUGGUACUGCCAUAGGAUCACAUAAGGAAAACCAGCUUGCCCCUCGAGGAACUCCGAAAAUCUUCAUUAGGUAAAGGCAGUCAGCCAACCUUAACAGUCUGACAUGUUAGCACGUCUAGAUUGUCUCCCACCCAUUUUUCAUAUCCACCUACCCAGUAUUGGGUCCAGGAGCAUAUCCCAGAAGGCUCAGGGUACAAGAAAGUUAUUGCAAUAUUAUAUAGCAUUUAAAUGUUAUUUUGUUAUCAUGUAGCCUCGUACAUUGCUACAGCCGCAGACACAGCAUGGAUAUUUCAGUGGUGCUCCAUCAAUGAAUAACACAUUUAUAUAAUCAUACGUAAUGGAAAACAAAAUCACUCUGAUAGUCAAUGCUGACCAGUUUUAUUAGAGUAAAUAUGAAAAUUCCCAUGAAAGUCCACAACAUGACCAUUUCUCAUUUCCUUUCAUGGAACGGCUUUGCUUUUUAUAUAACGCCAAGUGGCCAGGCUUGACGUCCGAUUUCACCACCAGUUUUUGCCAUUUCAUUUGCUAUGUCUCAGAAUGCUGAGCCGCCUCACCCAGAAGGCGGUAAUAGCAGACCUCCCUCUGUAACUUAUUUAUCUGCUCUGUGAAUAUUGGCAAAAUGUAAUGAGUUGCAUCUCAUCCCUAGCCGUGACUUAGCAAUGAUCCAUAUCACUAAUAAAAAAUGAUCCCCCAUGUCGCUGCCUUUCCGUUUGUAACUCGAUUGUACAACUUGUGUUAUCUCCAAAUGAGCAGUGAGUUCAUUCUGUUAACACACUGCAACUCUGGUUUUUAGCCAAUCCAUUAUCAAAAACAUUUGAAAUUAUGAAAGGCAUGUAUUAUCUCAAAUGGGGAGAAAAGUAGAAUCCAUGCUUUGUGUUCCUAUAUGUGGGGGUGAAACUUCCAACUUUGAGUGAAUACCUCUCCCCUGCAUCCCCAUCAGAGCAGCUCUCCUCUUCCUCUAGCUGAUGUUCUUUCCACCCUUCAUCCCAUCAUCCCACCUGAAGCGGUUUGUCAGUAGCAGUGCUCUGAAUCCCACCUCCCAUUUUUCCUCUUACCGUAUGGUAUUGCUGUGCUUGCCUCUUCUCAGGAAUGUCAUUUCAGCAUUUUCUUGGCUCUCAUUGGUUCCUUCCAACAUGAAGCCACCCAUGUUUUUUUAAAAAUGAAGCCUAUUUUUCCUGUUUUUAAUAACCUCUGAAACAGUUUCACUGUGGCCUUUGGUGCUGCUGAAGACCACAGUCAGGCUCUCUCUCAGAUAUGAAAAAUAGCAAAAACAAGCUCCCUCUUUAAAAACACAGAGAUGGACUCACACCAUAGCAACAGGUGAUUCACGAGUUGACACCUGCAGGCAUGCGAUCAGGUCUGUCUAUAGCACGUGUACCGUCCCCAAUGGCAUUGUAAGCUCCCAUAAUCACUGUCUGUCUCAGUCACGGCAAUGAACGCGGACGGGGAAAACACAAAGAGGAAGCCGCCAACAUCCUGCUCCCCUUUGAACUUUGCAAACAUAGAAGUUCCAGGAUAAGACACUGUACUCGUCAUACAAUGGGCACAGGUGCUCAUUAGUAAUACUGCAGACGGAGCAGGAUAUGCUUAAAUUGCCAAUGUGGCAAUGUGACCAGCGAUAAUUAAACAAAACAAUUAACUAGGACAAUAUGGACUACAGGGACAGCUAAUGUGAAAAAAACUAUAUUUCAGACUCUAGUCUAUUUCUAGAAA